UAUUGUGGGAAUCAAAUUUGCGUAUUAUGGUUGAACAAAACGACACAAAUGUUUAUAUGAUUAGUAAAGUUGAACUUUGUGACUAGUUAACCCGUGUGACACAAACACCGCCCUAGCCGGCAGUAAUCCCCUUUAGUCUCGGAAUACUUCGGUUACCUGAGGCUCCGCCAUAACCAUGCCCACACCUCAGUGGACUAUACCCUUCUUCUCCACACUGCUCGACUACUGUUCUUCCACAAGAAAUUUACGUAUACUCAAAAAACUACAUGCCCGAAUGAUAAUCACAGGAAUCUCCCACCACGAUUUCAUUCGUGCAAAACUCGUCUCAUCGUAUUCAGUUUGUGCUCAAUUGCUCGAGGCAUCCAUUAUCUUCUCACUCACUAAUCGCCGAUCCACUUUCCUCUACAACACCCUUAUUCGAGCCUUCUCUUCUCUAAAUCACUUCUCCGAUUCUCUCAUCCUUUUCCGCGAAAUGCUCCGUGCUCAUAAACCCUUAGACCGCCACACUCUACCCCCGGUCCUCAAAUCCUGUGCCGGUGUUCCAGCUCUACGACUCGGACGCAACGUCCAUGUCCUUGUUUUCUCAAACGGGUUUGAUACCGAUGUUGCUAAUUUAAAUUCUUUAGUAACAAUGUAUAGCAAGGGAGGUGAUUUAGUAAGUGCCCAGAAGGUGUUCGAUGAAAUGUCCGAAAGAAACGUGGUUACAUGGUCGGCAAUGAUGAGUGGGUAUGGAUUGUACGGGAGAUGUGAAGAAGUGUUUGAACUGUUUGAGAGAAUGGUUGGUGAUGAGGUGGUGCCAGAUGAACUGACAUUUACAGCGAUUCUUACUGCGUGUAGUCAUGGUGGAUUGACUGAGAAAGGGAAAGAGUACUUUGAGAUGAUGAAAGAUAGAUGUGGAUUGAGGCCAUGUUUGGAACAUUACACUUGUAUGGUUGAUAUGUUGGGGAGGUCAGGGAAAGUGGAGGAGGCGGUGGCUAUGGUUAAAGAGAUGGAUGUUGUUCCAGAUGAGGCUUUAAUGGGUGCAUUGGUGGCUGCGUGUAAGACUCAUGGAAAGGUGGAAUUAGCUCAGAGAUUAUUAAUUGAAAUGACCUAUGCAAGAAGGUCAAUCUCAACAUAAUGGAUACAUAACACAUUUCAGAUCAUGGACUAUGAUAAAGAUUGUAUAAAGUUUCAACAGUGAAAUCAGUGUUACAAGUUACAAUAUGCUUUAAUUCACAAAUUCCUUAAAAGUCCAACAUAUUUACUAUCUUAACAAAUUCACAAAUCAUGUUGUUAGAAUAUCGGGCAGUGCGGGCGAGUGGGAUCCCAUGACUUUGCCUCCAACAUCAGGGAAAUUCUCAAAUCCGGGCAGCGAGCUCACCUUCCCAUCACCAUUAACUUGUAAUGGAUACCUUAAAAGAUGACCUUCCAAUGCUGUAUACUUCUCAUCUGUAUAUCGUUUCCAGUUAUCUUCAGCUAUUUUAUUAACACUAUUUACACACUCCAAA